AUGGGUCACAUGGAGACCUCUGACCUGGGGAUGGAGUCGACUUCUCUGGACGAUGUUUUGUACAGAUACGCCAGCUUCCGGAACUUGGUGGACCCCAUCACUCACGACCUGAUCAUCAGCCUGGCCCGCUAUGUGCACUGCCCCAAGACGGAGGGCGACUCUCUGGGAGCCAUGGAGAAAGUGUGUCGUCAGCUGACUUACCAUCUGAGCCCUCACUCUCAGUGGAGGAGACAAGGGCUGCUUAAAAGGAAGCCCCAAGCCUGGUGA